AUGGGUGGAACUUUGGAACUCAGACGAAAAGUGUUAGAGGUGAUUGAGGGCAUUAUGAGUGAAGACAGGCUGUCAACACUAGUUUCAAUUAAAUGCAAGCAGCAAACUAUUCGAGCGGUGCGAUUCAAUAUAGACGGCACUUACUGCCUAACCUGUGGUGCGGACAAAAAAAUUAAACUAUGGAAUCCGCACAGAGAGCUACUUCUAAAAACUUACGUCGAGUGGUGCGAUAGUAUGCGUGUUGUGGUGCCACCAAUAAGCAAGACAAAUCAUGUGGCGAUGAGGACAAAAGUCGUCCGUCCACCUUGUGGGAGGCCUUCCUACGCUGCGUUUGCCGUCAGGGACGCGUUGGAUGCAGGCCGC